AUGUCUCAGAGGAAUCCGCUGCAACCCUUCAUAGGAGCUCUGUUCCUGCUCCUCUUUGGUGGCCUCGUCGUGGGAGAGGUCGACAAGGACUUCUCCCACUGCCUUGAUUUCUUCUACAAUAAAACUCCACCUAUGGGUGUCAACGCAGCAGGAUACCAGCCAAUAUGCCAGCGCUACAAAAAUCAGUACCACUUUGCCAGCCUGUACGACCGUCAGCGUCGUGCACCUCUGUUCUCUGCGUACAUACUAAGUCCUGCAGAUGGUAAACGGCCCGGUUCCACUUGGAUGUAUGAACCACAGUUGGCGUUUUCCCGUGCGAGCCCAGAGAUGAAACCUUUUAACAUCUCUGUCGAUCAGAAUGUGAUUGAAAGCCAGGCGGUGCUUCAGGACUACAGGAACUCCAACUUCACCAAAGGCCAUCUCAACCCUAGUAUGCACCAGAAGACCAGAGAAAACCGAGAGGCCACCUUUACUCUGACAAAUAUCGUCCCUCAGCGGGCAGGCUCCAACUCUGGCCCCUGGAGCAGGCUGGAGGGAGAGGUGCUGAGAAAGUUCAAGGCCUACUGUGAAGGCCCAAUGUAUGUGAUCACCGGGGCCAUGCCUUACAACUCAGGGGGACGCUGGAUUAAUAACAGGGUCUCUGUUCCUGAGUACAUGUGGUCUGCCUACUGCUGCCCGUCAUACAAAGCCACCCUUCCUGAAGCUGAGCGGCAGUUUUUCCCAACGUAUGCUGCAGUGGGAAGAAACGACCAAACCAGCGGAGAGGAGAUCGUGCCAGUGAAUAUGAAGGCGAAGGCGGCGGUACGUGGCUAUGAUGUGAGGCGGAUGCCUUUGGAGACCCUGGAGCUGAUCCUGGAGCAAAGACUGGCCAUUCCCAUCAGUCUGUUUGAUGGAAACUGUCAGAAUUAAAGGGCUGCUAGUUAAACUCCAGCAACGAGCCAAGCAGACUUGACUCAACUUCUUCACUGCUGCUUUAAUUACAGAAUAAAUAUUUGAUUAGCCAGAACAUGAUGAUUGUCUCAUGAUGUUUAAACUUACUUGAUUUUGUCAUAUUUUUUUUCUCACAUGUAGAUGUCGUGUUGCAGUACCUCUAAUAAUUUCUUGGCUUACUAAUAAAACAAGGCUGAUAUGGGUAACAAA